AUGGGUGGACGAACCAACGGCGACGCCCUAUCUACAUUCAGUCACCAGAGAACACACACGGGCGAGAAGCCGUUCCUGUGCCCUGUGUGUGGAAAGGCAUUUGCAAAGUCAUCACAUCUUCAGAGUCACCAGAAAACACACACGGGCGAGAAGCCAUUCCUGUGCCCUGUGUGUGGGAAGACAUUUAAAUCCUUUUCACGGCCAUCACAUCUUAAGAGACACCAGAGAACACACACGGGCGAGAAGCCGUUCCUGUGCUCUGUGUGCGGGAAGACAUUUGCACACUCAUCACAUCUUCAGAGUCACCAAAGAACACACACGGGCGAGAAGCCAUUCCCGUGCUCUGUGUGUGGGAAGGCAUUUGCACGGUCAUCACAUCUUCAGAGUCAUCAGAGAACACACACGGGCGAGAAGCCAUUCCUGUGCUCUGUGUGUGGGAAGGCAUUUGCAAACUCAUCGCAUCUUCAAAUUCACCAGAGAACACACACGGGCGAGAAGCCGUUCCUGUGCCCUGUGUGUGGGAAGACAUUUGCACACUCAUCAACUCUUCAAAUUCACCAGAGAAGACACACGGGCGAGAAGCCAUUCCCGUGCUCUGUGUGUGGGAAGGCAUUUGCACGGUCAUCAACCAUGAACAGGCAUCAGAAGUCGGCUGCCCCGUGCUGCCUCCUCUGCGCCGGCCGUGGGCUCAGCCAACACGGCCGGCCGAGGAGCGCAGCCACCUCCAGCCCUGGCGCUGCGCUCUUUCCCAUCCCGACUCCCUUGCCCCUGGCUCCCCGUUCCACCUGA